CGCACUGCGGCUAAGCAUUGCAGAUGUUGCCGGGCUGGGGGUGUUGCAGGGCUUGUAAUGACAUUCGUCAGACGACGUCUGACGAAUGUCAUUACACGACACCUCUGGUGGACCAGGCCACGCAAUGGGAACUGUCAUCCACACCUCUGGGCCACGUAUUUGCAAUGCAUAGCAGCAGGACAAGAGUCAGCCAAUCACUGAAGUGGCUGGAGAUGCUGAAGGACGAAUGCGACAGAUUCGAGAUCGACCACGGACUGGACGAAGCCAUCAAAGAUGUCGACCGGCUGUAUUCUCGUCUGGAUUUUUGUCAGGAAGGUUCGUUGCAAAACAACACUUCUGGCAUGCAAGUUUUCGAGGACCUCGGCCUCGCAACCCAAUUCCGCAACGCGAUGCAGGAGUCUGGGUUCACCAGUUACACAGAGAAACAUCCUCUCUUAGUCAAUAACCAGAUGCAACAUCCGUUUACCUGGGACAACAUGGUGGGUUCACUGCGCGAUGUGGUCGCCGUGAGAUGGGGUGAUGUGAAAGGCAUCUGGUGA